AUGAUAAAUCGUUCACCUACUAUUAAAUCAAUUAAUAAAUAAAAUUAGAGCUAAGAUCCCUUACUAGUUUUAACACCUCCAAGUAGCCUUAGAGAAAUUAGUUGUUCAUUUAGGAGUAAUUUGAAUCGAUAUGCUACCAUAUAAAGUAGGAGAAAUAAAUAAGAAUGGUCAGAUAAUUAAUAACAAUAAAAAUAAUUUAGUUUACGGUUGUAAAGAUUAUAUUAAGAAUCAUUUAUAAAAUAAAUGUUGGAUAAAGCUAAGCCAGCAAGCAGAUUGAAUAAUUAUUAAAAGUAAGUUCUUGAUGAUUUGUAAUUUGGUUAAGACACAUAAAUAGAUGAUAUAGAUAGUACUUGUUAUAAAUUUAUGUUCAAUUAUUUAAACAAUUAUCCUAUCAUAUAACCGUAAAGCAGUUUAAAAUUGUGUUCAGAUAUAAUUUUCAUAAUAAAUACAUUAAUGAUAUUCGUUUGGCUGCCAUUUAAAUAUUCUUUUGAAUUAGAUUCGAUAUUGAAAAUGUUGAAUUACGAUAACUAGAUAAUAGAAUAUUUUCUGAUAGGGAUAUUGAUUUUUGAAAUGUUAAUAUAGUGUAAUUAAGCAUAUAUAUCGAAGGGAAAAGUAAUUAAGUAAUAAAUAGUUAUUGAAAUAGUUAGCGUUAUCAUAUAAUAUCUAAGUAUUUGAGAUAGGAUAUGAUGAAGGACUUAAUUAGUUUGACAGCUUUAAUAGUUUUAUUGUUUGAAAGUUUUAAGGUUGCAGAAUUGAACAUAGUUUUAUUGUUUGUAUUUGUAUUUUUAUAAGGGGCAAAAUUUUUGAGAGUGACGAGUAGAAUUGAGGAAUAGAUGAAUUAUAAGUAAAGUAAUGUGAUUCCAUUGUUGAUAAAUUUGAUAGGUGUGUUAUAUAUAAUUCAUCUUGUAUCUUGUAUUUGGUAUAGUUUAAUAAAGGACAGAAACAGUAAUAAAUAAUUAGAGAAUGUAGUUUAGGAAUAUAUAAAAUGUUUUUAUUGGGCAUCGGUGUAUUUAACAAGUUCAGGAGUUUCAAAUAUGGAUUUAAGGAAUAAUGAAUAGCUAAUAUUUUCAUCAUUAAUAUUGAUAGUUUCAAUAUUGAUAAAUGGUUUAGUAACAAUAAAGAUGGGAUUAUUUUUAUAUAAUAAAUCUAAAAGUAUGAAAGAGAAUAGAUAAAUGAAUAUGAUGUCAAGUUAUAUGAAUUUGAAUAAGAUAAAUUUAAAUUUGUAACAUAGAAUUCGGAGUUAUUUAGAAUACAUUUUUAAAUAAGAGUAAUAGAUGGAUGAGGAAGAUAUUACUUAGAUAAUGAGUAAGUUGUCACAUUAGUUAAGAAGUGAAUUGAGAAAUUAAUUAUAAGUGAAUAUAUUGGAACAAUGUAAGAUGAUAUCGUAAAAUUUUUCAUAGAAAUUGAGGAAAUAAUUAGUAUAUUAUAUGGAGGAGGUGAAGACAAUACCUGAGUAAAGGAUUUUAACAUUGGAUGAGUAGGAUGAUAGUUCUUUAUAUUUAAUAAAUAAAGGUGAGGUAGAUGUGAUAUUCGAAUAAAGUAAUAAUAUGGGUGAGAAACAUAUUCGUAAUUAGAUAAAGACAUUAGGGAAAGGAGAUUAUUUUGGAUUUUUGGGAUUUAUAACAGGGAGUAAAAGGACAGCUACAAUAAUUAGCAAAGGAUUUUGUUAAUUGUAUAAGAUAUAGAGAGUAGAUUUUGUGAAUUUGAUUGAAUAGUUUCCUGAUGAUAAAGAAAUAUUUAAUAUGAUAAAAGAUAAAGUUCAAUUUGAGGAAGAUUUAUCAAUGCUUGAUGUUAAAUGUUAUAGUUGUAAAUCUGUCAAUCAUUUGGUAAAUUAAUGUCCAUUCUUACAUUAUUAACCAGAUAAGGAUAGAGUAAUCAAACAAUAAUUAUAUCCAGUUAAUUAAGAAAGAGAUGAGAUGUAAAUAAAAUUAAUAAUACAAGAUAACGUAAGUCUAAGUAUGUAAAUGCUCUGUUUUAGUAAAGAGUAAUACAAGAUAUAGCUAAAGAGAUUAUGAAGGAUAUGGAAUAAGUAGAAGGAAGUGAGAAUGUAUCUGAUGAUGAAUAUGAAGAAGAAUUUAAAACUAGAACAGUAAAAAGUAUAUUUAUUUAUAAUAAUUAAAUAGGUACAUCAAAUAUAUAAACAAGAAGUUUAACUAAAACCUUUAGCUAAAAUAGUAAUUAAUUAAGUAGGUUUAGUCAUAGACCUUCAUAAACAUUAACAUUAGCAUUAAGUUAAAAUUAAUUAUCAUCUAAAUCUCAAGAAGAAAUAGGAAAAUUUGAGUAAGAAUUAUUGAAGAAGAUGUCAUUAAAUCGAAAAUAUUAAUAGAAAGAAACAGCAGGAUUUGGAGCUAAAUUUGAAUCUUAAAUGCAUAAUUAAAUAUAAGAAUUAGAGGAAGAAAUACCAAAUUUUGAUCUCAUAGAUGAAGAUAAUUUUAUUUAAUAAUAGGGUUAGAUAUACCAUACAGAAAAGAGUCCAAUAAAUUAUAGAAAAAUUUCAUAAAAAGUUACUUUUGAUUAAAAUCUUUAUGGAAUUAUAAACAGAAGAUCAAGCUUAAUUUAUGAGAAUUAUCUAUAACAACUAUAUGGAGAAGGACAUUGUCAAAUUGAAUUUGUAAUUUUAUUUCAUUUAUAUAAAUAGCCUAUAAUCACCCAGCCUUCUCUAGGAGAAUUCGAUAAAAUAUAAGAGUUCAGAGAGUAUUAUCCACAGUAUAAUAUUUCUAAAGUGAUGAAGUUUCUGUCAAAAGUUACUUAGAAAUAUCAUAGAGAACAAAUGUAUUCAUAAUACUCAUUCUUAUAUAUUGCUAUCAAAAAAGGUAGAGCCAUGAAAGAUAAAUUAAUUCAAUUUAAGAACAGAAACAUAGCCAAACCCAGUUAUAAUAAAAGAAUUUAUAAGUAUUUUAUGUUAAUAUUUAAAUUAGAAGGGGCUAGGUUAAAACAUUAAUAUAUUGA